AUGCUGCGCAGCCAGGGCAUGCUGAAGAGCCGCUGUUGCGUCCUGCUCGGUGACCUGAGGGUGCUCCUGCUCGGGCCACCAGCACCGCCGACACCGCUGCCUCCGCUGACCUCCAUGAGCGGCCAAACUACGGAAAGCCAUGAAGUAAGCGUCACCGUCCCCGACAACAACAACACGUUGACUCGGAGCCACCAGCACGCAGGAGACCGGGUUACCCCACCUGCAGCAGGAGCCACCGGGCCACCGGGCGGAGAGCGACCGGGCUGGGUUGAUGCUGCAGAGCUGUCGGCGGCCCUGCGCGGCUGCAGCAGCUCCUCUGAUGACUGCUCAAAGGGCAAACUCGAGGAGAGGUUUUCCCUCACCAGCUACACGGAAAGUGGCUUCAGGACGCCUGUGUGCAGGAUCUGCUUUCAGGGGCCAGAACAUGGGGAGCUCCUGAGCCCAUGUCGGUGCUGUGGGUCAGUACGCUGCACCCACCAGCCCUGCCUCAUCAAAUGGAUCAGCGAGAGAGGGUCCUGGGCCUGUGAGCUCUGCUACUACAAAUAUCAGGUCAUUGCCAUCAGCACAAAGAACCCACUACAGUGGCAGGCCAUCUCCCUGACGGUGAUAGAGAAAGUGCAGAUAGCAGCAGCCAUCUUGGGCUCCCUGUUCCUGAUGGCCAGUAUCUCCUGGCUGGUGUGGUCGUCUUUCAGCCCGUCAGCCCGCUGGCAGCGACAAGAUCUGCUUUUCCAGAUCUGCUACGGCAUGUACGGCUUUAUGGAUGUUGUCUGCAUCGCACUAAUUGUCCACGAAGGACCUUCUGUGUUUCGUAUCUUCCACCGCUGGCAGGCCGUGAACCAGCAGUGGAAAGUCCUGAACUAUGAUAAGUCUAUGGACAGCGAUGAUCUGAAGAACACCACUGUGGACAGGACUCUGUCUCAGCCCAGCCCGGGCUUUCAGACUGGGGUAGGAGUGUCCACUUCCACCUCCUCGCUGAUGAUGGUGGCCUCCACAGCAGCUGGCUCCACCUCUACAACCAUGGUGGCGGCCUCAGGAGGACUGGGUGCACACGUGGACCCCAACAGUGGCAGCGCAGUGCCAGACCAACACUGUCCCUACAACAUCCUCCACCUCCUCAGCCACCUGAGGCAGCCGGAGGCCCGCAGCCAACCCAGCAAUAGCACAAGAGAGCUGGUCAUGAGAGUCACUACAGUCUGAGGAGUCAGUUGAGGCCUUAUCUCACAUGGAGGUGAAAGAUUCAGCUGACAGUUGAAAAAAAAGUCUUCUCUUAACUGCACUGGAUUAAUACCAUGUUCUUGUUUGUUUCAAAAUGCGUCUCUGAUGUCCUUACAUGGAUUGAAUAAAAGUCAAAGUUGUUUGA